CAACGCCCACGGCCACGCCACCAGUAAUAACAACACCAACACCAACAGCAGCAACACCAACCCCAACAGCAACAGCAACUUUAACCAUAACAAAUGACUCGCACAGCAGCCACGGCACCAAUGUGGUCAGCUCUUCAGCUAUGGAUCGAAACGAAGGAGCAGCGAAAACUUUAUCGGAAAUACAAAUUGGAAUUGUGGGUGCUUUGGCCACCUCAACCACGACGUCAACGGCCAUGCCCACCACGACGACAGCAGCAGCAGCAGCAGCAGCAGCAGCAGCGGAGGCCGCAACAGCAACUGCAGCAGCAGCAGCAGCACCAACUACAGCUGCAACAGCAACAUCAGCAACACCAGCAACAUCCAUUUCAAACGGAAAUGAAGCAGGCAGACAAAUCAGCAAUUUUGAGGCUGCAACCACGACCAUGGACGGGUAUGCAAAGGCUGGCAAAGAAAUCUCGACAACGGAAACGACAGCCGCCACUGCGGCGGAUGGGCUAAUGACGACAAACGUGCCGCCGCUUGCAUCGCUGGGCAGCAUUUUCGACAGGCUGUAUCGCAUUAAGGAGAGCUCUGAUAUCAGCUCAUCGGCUACGCCGCUGGAUAUGCAAAUGCAGGCAGCUGAGGCGUAUCAGGUGGCCGAAACGCUAGCCGAUCUCAAUGAGGAGGAGCGUUCCCGUUACGGCGCUCUGUUGGCCCAACAGCCAGUGAGCCAAAGUAAGCUAAAUAUUGUGGAUCUGUAUCCGGUGCAGCUGGAGGACUUUCAGCCUAGAGUACCCACUGAUAAUGUAGAGGUGUCCAAGGAGCGUACGGUGUUCAGAGAGCCGGAGAAUGUGGAACAGUAUCGGCAGAAUCUAAUGCCCAACGAGGUGGCUGACUAUGGCUCCAGCUACCUUCCGGCAACAACAAUGAAGACGGCAACGACUCCCAGUGUGGCCACCACGUCGAGCUAUUUCACCGGCAAACUCCUGGCCGAACAGGAUGAUUUGAUAACCGAAAUCGAGCGAAAGUUUCAAUUAGAGGAAACAACAACAACUACGGCACCGACAAGCACCAGCAGCACCCGACGGACAGAGCUGCCUCAACUGCAGCCGGGGGAUACGUACAUAGAUCGGCGCGUCAAGAAGAGCUUCGAAUUUCCAAUGCAGCAACAACGGGCCAGCGAUGUGAUGGCCCUGCCGCACAUUGACUUUGCCAAUACGAAGUUCAAUACGGAUGCGAAUGACGGCCGACAGGUCAGGCUAACAACGGCCGGAGGAGCGGCAGGAGUUGGGGCGGGAGCUCGAACUGUAGCUGGAGCAGCCGCUGCCGGCGGGCCCACACAUCCCGAGUUCUCGACCACAAAGUUUUACAACAGUAAAGAGUUGUACAACGAAAUGUUGUUGCAUAAUAAACGAAAGUUAAUGAAAGAAAUUGGGUAUGCGACAGCAGCUCCAAUCGAGACAGCGAGCAGCAUUAUAAAGUCAUCAGAGACCAUGGUCGGACAAAGUUCAGAGCAGCAGCCACGUCAAGUCAUUAGACCAAGCGAAACCACAAACUUGGAACUAAGCAGCUCAACGGAGUCUACAGUGACUACUACCCAGGCCCUGCCUCCUGGCAGACGCGUGACUUUGACGUCUACGGCGCAAACUUUUGAUGGGGCCACAGCAGAGGCGGCAACAGCAACAACAACAACAGCAACAGCAACGACAGCAAGUAAAUUGUCUACUAUGAGACCCAUUAGGGCGGGGCCGGAGCUAAAACGCGCCAAGUUAUUGUUGAAGACUUUAACCCCGCCCGAUGCCGUCGAACCGCAAUCGGAAAAGCUUGAAGUGGUCUCAGCGAAAAUCAAAAUUACAACAACGGCCGCCAAGCAGAGUCCAGCUGACAUGGAAAAAUCAAGCCAGUUGGCUAAUCUUACAAAAUCGUCCUUAAAGCCAAUCGCUGUGCCGCGCAUUUUAAGUCGCCUCCAGGAGAAAAUCAAUUCACUUGAAUGUGACAUACAAAAUGUGCCGCAGGAUUCGCAUUUGUGGCGUGGAAACGAAACGCACGAGCUUCUCCUGCCAAAUGUGACGCCGCAGCACUGCGAACCCGACGAACCCUGCACUCCUAAUAAGCUGACGUGGGAGGGCGAAGCUGAUAUUCAAUCCGGGGACAUUUUAAUUGUGGAAAUCAACGAUGCCAAGCUGAGCACGGAAGGAGCGCAGGAUAGCAUUAAAAGCCAAAGCGCCGCGCAUGCUGCUCAGGUCUAUCAGGUAACUCGUUCCGGGCACGAGCAUUGCGAUGUCACCGAGGGCGUACUACUGGAUAUAACGCCUCUGGUGGUCGAUGGCAGGAAGCUGGUUACGCUCUACGAUAAGGACCUCACGGAGGGAGUUAACUUGUUAAUUGUGGUGUCCGAGCUGUGGGGAGAGCAGUGUGUACGCCUAAAGGUGACCACAAAAACCGACAAUUGUGGCGAGAAUGCCGAUUGCUCCGGCAAGGGCGUCUGCUAUUCGAACGGCGUGAUGGAGGAGUAUGAGUGCCAGUGCUGCGGCGGUUUUGCGGGUCCACAUUGUGAGGAAAUUGAUGCCUGUAACCCCAGUCCGUGCACCAACAAUGGCAUCUGUGUGGACCUCUCGCAGGGCCAUGAGGGCAACUCGUAUCAGUGCCUGUGCCCGUACGGCUAUGCGGGCAAGAACUGUCAAUAUGAGUCGGACCUGUGCAAUCCAGCUGAGUGCAUGAAUGGCGGCAGCUGCCUGGGCAACUCAACGCACUUUCGCUGCGAUUGUGCACCUGGCUACACGGGUCCGCUCUGCCAGCACAGCCUAAACGAAUGCGAGUCCUCGCCCUGUCUGCAUGGCAUUUGUGUGGAUCAGGAAGACGGCUUUCGCUGCUUCUGCCAGCCAGGCUUUGCGGGCGAGCUGUGCAACUUUGAAUAUAAUGAAUGCGAAUCGAAUCCAUGUCAGAAUAGCGGCGAAUGUAUCGAUCACAUUGGCAGCUAUGAGUGCCGCUGCACAAAAGGUUACACGGGCAAUCGUUGCCAAAUAAAGGUUGAUUUCUGCGCCAAUAAGCCCUGUCCCGAAGGACAUCGUUGUAUUGAUCAUGGAAAUGACUUCAGCUGCGAAUGCCCAGGAGGUCGCAAUGGACCGGAUUGUAAUCAAAUGCCACGAACGCAAUGUAGCGUGAAUCCGUGCACCCAUGGCGGCACCUGCUGGUCGAGCGGCGAUAGCUUCUACUGUGCCUGUCGUCCCGGCUACACGGGCACUAUGUGCGAGGAUGAGUUUGUGGUGGAGACCGUCGUCAGUUCAAGCGAAUUUAUUGUCGACGACGCGAAUGCCAGAAAUUUUAAUGACAAAACUUUUAGUUCAUCGGUUGUGCUUAAAAGUCCCAUUGAAUUGCAUAAUGCAUAUUUUGCGGCUGGUGUUCUGGCGGCCGCAAUUUUCAUCGUUGCCAUUGUGGUCACAAUAUGUCACUGCAACGUGAAUCAAACGUACCGUAAGUUCUCGACGCGUUCCACUUCGUUUAUACCCAUAUUGGGGUUCACUCGCCGGCCCAAGAUGCAGGGCACACUCAAUAAACAUUGGCUAAGUGGCAAGGCGCUCAAUGAUCCCGCUGCAGUGGCACAUCGUGACGCCAGCUUUGCGGCAUCCAGCAGCUGCGGUGGCAGCAGCAGCAGCAGCAGCGGCAAUUCGGCGCAGCAGUCGACGCGCCAUUUGUCCUCGAAGCCAAAUGGCAGCAGCCACCACACACAGACAACCCUCGGCGGCCAGCUGCACGAGAGGCCUUUCCAAAGGCAUCUGGCCAUGAAUAUGGAGAACGACAUGUACUACACGGUGGACUUCAGUGAGGGCUCCUCACAGCAAUUGCCGCUAAUACAGUGAGAAUUGCCUACAGCAAGAGCCACUGGAACUGGAACUGCAGCUGGAACUGGAACUGGUACGGCUGAGGCCGACGUUGACGACGUGCGCUGGUUAGUUAAAUUUACGAAGAAGCUUCCAACACAUUAGUAGAAAUCGAAGCUCACUUCUUUGUGCUGCUCUAGCAAUAAACGUUGCCAGUACUGACAAUAUGAACAGUAUUGAUAUUAUUAAAUG